AUGAUUGAGGCCAUAGAAAUCGAUCAUCUUAUUUCUGCUGAAAUUCCUUAUCCGUCGGCUGACCCUGAAUUGUACGAAAUAAUGACAACCAACAUGAUUCAUGAUCCCUGCGGGUCGCAUUACAAUUACACCAGCUGUCGCAACAGCGACGGCAAAUGCACCCGGAAGUCUCCAAGAGAUUUCAGCUUAAUCAAACAGUUGGUACAAAUUUGUUGUUACACCCGUUAUCUAUCUAUCUAUCUAUCUAUCUAUCUAUCUAUCUAUCUAUCUAUCUAUCUAUCUAUCUAUCUGGCAUAUCUCUCUAUCUUUUUCUCUCUCUGCGUUGGAACAUUUCUCUUUAUCUGCCUCUCUCCUGCUAAGAAUAUAUCUCUGGCUGUGAAAAUCUAUCUGUGUCUGUCUGUCUGUUUGUCUGUCUGUCUCUCUCUCUUUCUCUCUCUCUCUCUCUCUUUCUCUCUCUCUCUCUAUCUAUCACACUGCCUGGCUAUUUCUUGCUGCAGCCAUGUCUUUGUCGGACUCUCUAAAUUCUUCUCGCUAGAGACACCUAUAUGUCUCUCUCUGGCUCUAGACAUCUUGUAUUUGUCUCUCUCAUUCUCUCUCUCGCUACAUAUCUCUGUCUCUGUCUCUCUCUCUCGCUGUAGACAUCGCUCUGUAUCUGUCUCUCUCGCUGUAGAAAAUCUAUAUGUUUCUCUCUUUCAGUUUAGAAAUCUCUAUGUAUCUGUCAUUCCCUCUCUCUGUCACUGUAGACAUUGUUCUACAUCUCUCUCUAUCAGUGAAGACGUCUCUCUGUAUAUAUCUCUGUCUCUCACUUUAGACACGAAUCUGUCACUCCCUCUCUCUCUCACUGAAGAAAUCUCUCUGUACCUGUCUUUCUCUCUGUCUCUCGCUGUAGACAUCUCUCUGUAUCCGUCUUUCUUUCUCUCACUGCAUCUCUCUGUAUCAGUCACUCUGCGUCUCUCUCCAGCUGUAGACAUCUCUUUGUAUCUGCCUGUCUUUGUCUCUCUCUCUCUCUCUCUCUCUCUCUCUCGCUGCAGACAUCUCUUUUUAUCUACAUGUUUCUGUCUCUCUCUAGCUGUAGUGCAGAUAUCUCUCUCUAUUUGUCUCUCUUUCUCUCUCGCAGUAGACAUCUCUCUCUGUCUCUCGCUCGCUAAAAACAUCUCUCUCAAUCUGUCUCUCACGCUCCUCUCACUCUCUCUCGCUGUAGACAUCACUCUGUAUCUCUCUCUCUCUCUCUCAUUCCCUCUCUCUGUCACUGUAGACAUCUUUCUGUAUCUGUCUUAUCUCUCCAGAGUAGACAGCUGUCUCUGUGUCUGUCUCGCUAAAAACAUCUCUCUCCAUCUGUCUCUCUGUAUCUAUCUCUCUCGCUGUAUAUAUCUCUAUCUCAGUCUCUCUCUCUCUCUCUCUCGCAGUAGAAAUUUAUCUCUCGCUGUAAACAUCACUCAGUAUUUGUCUCUCUCUCACUGUAGAUAUCUCUCUGGAGCUGUCUGUCUCUCUCUCCAUCUUUCUCUCUCUCUCUCUCUCUCUCGCUGUAGACAUGUCAACUGA